CUAUUCCAACGCGCCGCCAUACAGACUCGAUUUUAUUUUGUCUCUCCACACAAUCAGCGUCGUUCUUCGGCAAACUCUUUCACUCUGUUUCCCUAUUUUCUCUCUCGAAACCCUAACCCUAACCCUAGUGUCUGGAAACGUCUCUCCCAUGGCGUACCAGACCCCCGAUCACGAAUCAGGUUCCGAUUCCAACAAACAAACGCGACUCUACAAUCCCUACAGAGAUCUCGAAGUACCUAUUCAAAACCUCUACAAGCUUCCAACCUCACCGGAAUACCUUUUCGUUGAAGAAGCUCGCCGAAAGCAUCGUUCUUGGGGCGAAAGCCUCACAUUCUACACCGGAUGCGGCUACCUCGCCGGAGCCGUUGGCGGCGCCGGCGUAGGCUUCGUUGAAGGUGUUAAAUCGUUCGAGUCUAGCGAUACUGUGAAACUCAGAAUCAACCGGAUUCUUAAUUCGUCUGGACACGCAGGUCGGACGUGGGGUAACAGCCUCGGCGUGAUCGGGUUGCUUUACGCCGGAAUCGAGAGCGGAAUCGUGGCUGUGAGAGACACUGAUGAUGUGUGGAACAGUGUGGCGGCGGGGCUCGGCACCGGUGUGUUGUAUCGAGCGGCGAGAGGAGUGAGAUCGGCUGCUGUAGCGGGUGCUGUUGGUGGAGUUGUGGUCGGAGUGGCUGUCACGGCGAAGCAGGUGUUGAAACGCUACGUGCCUAUAUGAGAAACGUUCCCAUUGUGUGAGCGCUCUCAAAUUUUUAUUUUUUUGGUUACAAUCAAUUUUGAGUUCAUUAUUAUUGAGGUAUAAAUGAUAUACCAGCUUGUGGCAGUGGUGCCCUUGCAAACAAUUGGCUUAAUGCUUAUUUUUUUCAGCUUGAUAAUGGCUAACCUUUCUGACGUAAUUUGUUUAGUAAUCUUGAAUGAAUAAGUUGGACAGCUUCAAUGCUGGAUAGUUGAUACAGUAUUAAAAAUGUUGUUUAUUUGUUAAUGCAUGAGAAUGGAAGAUUGUGAGUGGCAUUAUACAAAAAA